AUGGGAAAAUUAAGCAAGUUCUUUUCAAAAUUCCUAUGCAAGAAGGAUUUCGUGAAAGAUGAAGUCUUCCUGUUCGAAUACCUAAAAGCCAGAGAAUUAAUACAAGCAAAAAUGGAACUUGACGAUCAAUUAAAAAUAUUAAAAAUAUCUUAUCAGACUUGUGCAGAGGAAAUACAAUUCCAAGAAGUAUUAUAUUCCUCUAUAUUGGAUGGUGAAAUUGAUAAUGACAAUAACACCCUUUUGAGAAACCUCAAACAGAAAGAGACUUUUGAAGAUGGUGAAUCUUCUUCUUCUUCUUCUUCUUCUUCUCAAUUGAAACAUUCAUAUUGUGCUAUCUGUAUGGAAGCUAAACCUAUUGAAGAAAUGUUCGAAAACCGAAAUUGUUCACACUCUUUUUGUGAAGAUUGUGUUGGAAGUUAUCUAGCUACAAAAAUUCAAGAGAAUAUAGCAAUGGUAAAAUGUCCUGAUCCAAAAUGCAAUGAUAUUUUGGAGCCUUAUGAUUGUAUUUCAAUUAUACCAAAGGAAGUAUUUGAAAGAUGGGAAAAUGCACUAUGUGAGAAUUUGGUGUUAGCAUCACAAAAAUUUUAUUGUCCUUAUAAUGAUUGUUCAGCUAUGUUGGUGAAUGAUGUAAAGGGAGUUGUGACGGUUUCGGAAUGUCCACAUUGUCAUAGAUUGUUUUGUGCACAAUGUAAGGUUUCAUGGCACGCCGGAGUUGAUUGUAAAGAGUUUCGAAGCUUGGAAGUUGGCGAGCGAGGAGCGGAAGAUCUAAUGGUAAUGGAACUUGCUAAGAACAACAAUUGGAAAAGAUGUCCAAAAUGCAGCUUUUAUGUGGAAAGAAAUAAAGGAUGUAAUCGCAUUAUAUGCAGGUACAAAACAUUUUCCUCAUUGUGUGGUCACCACUUUUGCUAUGGCUGUGGAUCCACUUGGAAGAGUAAUUGCCAUUAUAAAUGUGCAGUGCAGCUCUAA